UGCCGCGCGCGCCGGGAGAGCGCUCACACUGCUACGCGCACCCGGUCGGUAACGCAGUCAGGCGCCGCUGAAGCUUCGCCGAGCGCGGACUGUUCCACGCGCGCCGAAACACGGACGCUCGACGCCCCUCGUGCUUGGCGCACUUCGGCCUUCCAGCGACGCGCGCCUCCUUCGCUCACCUUUCCAAACAUCAGCGAGAGUCUAUCGUUGUAAAAGGCUCUGCUUAGACCGCGCUGCAAAACAGACGUCGAACUUUCUGCAUCUUUGACGACGCCGGACGUCCUACCCUGCGGGUGAAACAUGAACAACACAACGGAGCUGCUCUCGAUGGCCGACGGUCGUCGGGACGUCCUCGUUGGCAGCUAUCUACUGGCUGUCGCAUUCAUCGGAUGACCACCCGUGCGUCUUGAAGUGAGGGACGGAGCGACAACCGUAUUCAGGUUAUCUCCGUCACCAAAAUUGCACUAUCAUCAGGCCGUUGCUGUUCACCGCUUCAUACCAGGGGAACCACGCGAGCAAAGGACAAGAAAGUUCCCACCGGGAGGCGCUACUGGAGCCGGCAGCAGCUACAAAAGGCUACGCGAGCCACUUCAACCCUGCAGUCAGCGGCAAUCUGUUGCAGUGCUCUGAAUGUUACUCUGUUUGUUGGCAGGGUUCAUCGGCAGCGUGGGCAACGGGAUAAUUCUAGCCAUGUACGCAUGCGUGUCGUCCGUGAUGGACCCCACAAGCCUGCUCCUUAUCAGCCUGGCGGCUUCUGACUUCGGCAUUGUCAUUGGAAGCCCAAUCUCGGCCACGGCCAGCUUCUGUGGGAGAUGGAUCUUCGGCAAUACGGGAUGCCAGGCGUACGCUUUCAUCGGCUUCUUCUUCGGCUCGGCUCAUAUUGGAACCCUCACUCUUCUAGCGCUGGAUCGCUACCUGGCCACCUGCCGCAUUGGCUUUCGUGGCAAGCCUACAUACAAGCGAUACGUCCAACUUCUGGGGAUGGUGUGGUUCUACGGACUUUUCUGGGCUCUCAUGCCUCUACUGGGAUGGGCCAGGUACGGGAUGGAACCUUCGUUUCAGUCAUGCACGAUUGACUGGCGACACAACGACGCCAGCUACAAGUCGUUCACGGUGGUCUACUUUGUGCUGGGAUUCCUGGUGCCGGCUUGCAUUGUCGUUGUCUGCUACCGCACUUCCUCGGCGCACAUCCGGGUCCCCAAGCCCACCGUCGUACGCCCUACCGAUAUGAACGACGACUUCUGGGCGAACCAAGAUUCAGUCACCAUGAUGGUGGUGCUCAUUGUGGCAACGUUCUUCGCGGCGUGGACACCAUACGCUGUGCUCUGCUUGUGGGCCGUGUUUGGCAAGGCUUCUGCGGUGCCGCAUCUGGUGGCUGUUGUGCCGCCACUGUUCUGCAAGACGGCCAGCGCCAUCAACCCGUUCAUCUACUUCUUCAGCAACCCUCGCAUCCGGACCGACAUCUACGCGCUGCUCACCUGCCGAUGCAAGACUCUCGGCAGGCGAAGCUGCUCCAUUGAAGAGGACUACUGCUAACUGCCACCUAACGACGCUGUUUCUGAUGCCGCUCCUCCAGCCACGCUAUAGUGCAUCUCGUCACAUCACAGUUCUUUUUUGGAUAACCAUGUUCAGAGGCAGGCAGCAAAUACGAGGCUUAAGCACUAGCGUAUGGCGAAGCGGAGGCAGCGAGCAUUUACCACAUUUUUAGAACAAGGGUGCAUCAUUUGGGCAUCAUUGGCCAACUUAUAUUAUGGAAGUGUCGGAGCGCCCCAAUAGACAACUGAAACUCACAUUUCUUGGAACAAAACAUUACAGGGUCUUUACGGUUGUUUCCUGUAUCCCAGAAUGUAGUCACAUAUGUACAAUUUUUUAUUCAAAACUGUCGGAAGGUCUUGAAACUUGCUUGGGUGAAUAGAUUAGUUGUCUUUUUUAUUGCCUAUCUUUAUUCGAUCAAACUUCUGGAGAAAGUGUCUGAGCCCUUUUCGCUGUGCGUCCGCUUUGUCAGAAGAUGACUUUGGCUUUUCAUUUUAUUUCUUUUUAUCGCUGUGGGCUGUUAUCUAUUUUACUCUGGAUUUUGACGGGAGUCACAUGAGGCAUAAUUUUCCAUUCCAGCAGCUUGCCUCAAGAAUAUUGCAGCAUUGUUUCAGUAAACAUAUGGAAAUAAACUGAUCAUUCAUUAAAAAUCAGGAUUAAAAAAAGUGAGAGAGAACUAACGUUUGGACAAUAUUGAGAUAGUUAUAAUGGUCCGUACUUUACAGAUAACUAGUGCUUCAGGUAAUAAAUCGUAUCGAUUCAUUUUACCGAUGCACGUUGUGGAGCGCAGCGUUUACUUUAAUCCCUUUUUUGUUUCGCAGUUUACGCAGAGCGACCGCGCAAAGUGGUUAAAACGUCCGAUGGGUUAUAAGUUAAUUCUGAUCGCCCGCUACGGUGUGUACCAUUGCUGUGACAUUGUCAUAGCGGUAGUAGCUUCGGGGUUUUUUGAAGCCCUUGUCCUAACGAAAAAUAAGACGAACGUUCCCGAUAAGCUGGCGCAUGAGCGCUCGCAAACCGAAAGAUGCACACAUGUUAAAAAAAGCAUUAUGCAUCCGUCCAGACAGUAUUCCUGCUUCGUGUCUCUAUGAGGAGAAAAGCCGACAUUUACAUUUGAGGCGUUGGUUAGUUUUGCGCAACAACUUUAGUAACAGGACUUAAGUGGUCCUUCUUUGCCUCUAGUGAAUCGGUGGUGUUGGUGACUUCGCAUGCGGCAGCAAUGACUAAGAGCAGAGCGUAAGUUGGCGCUUCGUUUAUCGGUCAGUAUGACGACGGAUACAUUAGACGCUGUGAUGAUACUGCAGUAUAGUUUUAGUGCCAGGUCAAUAACUACACAAUGUACGCGAUCACUGUUUUCUGCUUCACGGUCAAACGUUAUGAAUACAUGGUAGCGCUUCCGUAUUUACGGCAGUUGAUCCGUCAUCAAAACCAGUAGCACGUUCAUUUCGUGGCUGCAGUAGUCGCCAUAAGUGCCGCACCAUGGUUCUAAUGAAAAUCGUCAGUGGUAGGCGCGCUCGAACGACACAUAGGAGUGCAACUUGAGAGGCACUCCUAUGGCCCUCUAUUCAGUUAAAACUUCAAUGCGACAUAUUCGCGUUAUCGACUUCUCACCAAAAUUCAGCUCCUUCAAUUACAGCCUGCGCAGUACAAUCGUUGAAAGUUAGAGUCCAGUCCUAUAGUUUCUUGCGUUAGAUCUAACUUUCUCAGGCAACUUGUUGAACAGAUGUGUACUGCAUAUGGCACUGCUUUUAAAAUGUGCCAAAGGGGAGCUGCCUAUACCCUCCACUUACACAAGCUGUCGCCAUUUUCCCUACGCUCUCGUUAUGCGUUUCCGUUGUCCUUACGGGUGCUGGGAGCACGCGCAGCGACGCCCCUGUGCGAACCAAAUGAACCAGCAAGAACGCGUGAAAGUCAUAUGGCAGCUGCAAGUUCUUUCCAUUUAUUGAGCAGAGCACCUUAACUUUCUCCAGUUUUAUUGGUCAUCAUUCUGACGUCGGCGCUUUUGAUAAAGCUGCGCUAGUAAGCGUAGACGUCAGAUCAGUCGCAAAUAUCAGGGCGUACUAUGACUUAUACUUGAGCCGACGAGCUGAAACUGCUGAAGCGAACAUUUCGCUUGCUUCUUACUACUUUCGGUCCCAUAGAAAAUAAAUUCGAAGCGUUACGCACACUUACCAUGAAUGAAUUUUGGCUGCUGUUUUUGAGGUCAUGUGUUCGCCUAUUCCACGCGUUUGACGAUGUGCAAGAUAUCUGAAAAAAAAAUGUCGUGACUAACGUGCGCUAUACAAAACAGUAGUCUGAGUAAGUGACGCUUGGGCCAGUCUGUAUGAUUGCUGUUAUAGCUCCGAGGUUGCAUUGGAGCGCAAAAUAUUUCCAGACAUUGCUAUUAUAGUGACUGUUGCCACUGACGGCUGAGGACUCGCUUCAACGUGAACUAAGCGUCGAAAGCAGAGCGCAUACAAAUCUGCCAGCAAUCGGUGCACUUUAACCACAUCGCAGAUUGCUUUCAAGAUAUGGGCGCCCGCGAAGCGUACGCAGCAGCCGUCGGCAGGGGCAGACUAAGUCGCAGUUUGAUAUUGGCUGACCUCGAAGGUCAGACCUACAGAACCAGGCGUUUUCUGGGUUUGUAGCUGGAAUAGUAGAGACUCUAAAAAAAUAAGCUGUUUAUUUAAUCUGCACACUAGGCAUCCGCGUGGCUCUUCCACUAGCCGGUGUUUUCUACUCGCAUGGCUAUGACCUAAUUUUUUUAGCGAAAAACAACGGGUUAGCAGACGCAAUACAAUGGCGACGCAGCAAGGUGUAUUACCGUAGAGUUACCAAAAGGCAUUCGCGAAAUCUGUACGUUAUUAUCAAAGAUGCGCGUAUGGAUAACAACGCUAAAUCCAGAAUUGGAAUUGUUGCGCCGUCUUCUGCGUCCUUAUUUAUGUGUCUACUGUGUCCUUUGUUCAGCGCUGAAAAAAAAAUCGCGGCAUGCACUAUCUAGCUCAAGCCAAGACUCUAUUGUUUCUAUUUUCAACCCCGUUCUCUUAGGUCGCGUCACACUAACUGAGCGAGCGUAGUUCUAACUAGCGCUAGCUCUGCUGUUCUUUCUUUUUUGAAUGUGAUUCGCAUUCUUUGAGAGCUUUACCCAUUUCCCGGUUGGUCCGUCAGUAUCUAACUUAUUUCACCCAGUUAGCCAAGUUGCCUACUAGUUUGCACCACUAGAUAUGUAUUGGCUGCUGCCUUGUCUAGAAGGCAACGUGUGCCACCCGGCAAUGUGACGGAACAAACAAUUUGCUGCAGGCUGCUGCCUGGCCCAGUAGGCAAUUUGCGUCACUGGCUAUGUACCACUGGCUGUGUGCCCGAACAGACAACUUCGGUACGGCGUAUGUGAUAUCGGUAGGUUCCUACUCUUGGCCAGUACCUCAUAAUGGAGGUGUCAAGGUGUCACAAGGGGUACGGAGCCUUAAAUACCUGUAUAUUAAAGCGACAGCGCCCCAUCCGCGAUGCUUUCGCGUCAAGUGCGGCCGCUUGGUGGGUAGCCAUUGCAACAAAGUUGCAGCGAGAAUACAAGGGACAGUGGGAGUUGCCACGGUGUUUGAGCAGGGGUGCAGUGAUUACAAAAUUUACCGUGUCGUCGUAUCUUCGGCAUUGCAGUUGGCAGCGAGGAUGCCACUUCGUGUAUAUGCGGGUUCACCUGAGGUUCGGUAAUUUACAGAUGGCAUGGGGAUACAAUAAUCGCCAUAAUGAUCAUCAUAACAUUUAAAACAUAUCCCCAUCCCCAAUACCACACCCGUCCUAAUAGAGAUUGCUAAUCGCAUUAUCGCAGUCAAACAUCUCCAAAGGAUAGAUGUGCCGCCUAUUUUUUUUUUCUUUGGUAACAUUAUUUCCACGAACAGUAGGGUUCAUAAUUUUUUCUCUAUUUUUAUGAUUGGCCUCACUUUCCGUCUGCUAAGCAGACCCGCACCUGUUUGGGGGAAACUGUAGCUCAGGUGUGAAAUGGGGUGCGAUUCCUAGUACAUCUUGGUGCCCUUCAAACCAUAUCUUAAAACACUUUCCCUCGCACUAUUUUUUAUUGUAAAUUACACUCAUUUCAUUGUAAAUGACAGCACUUUCAUAUAAACAGAGGUUAUAUAAAGAGAGGUUACAGCUAUUUUCUAUGACUACAAAUCCAACACACCAAGAGCACUUUAUAUGGUGCACACCAAACCGUUUUUCGAUAGUGAUAUGUGAAAUCGUAUCCGUCGGUUCUGUAAUGCCCAGGCACUGGAAACGGCAUACAACAAUGUGUAAUAAAGUACAGUUAAAGCUCGAUCUAAUGAAACCCGAUUUUACGAAGUUCCCGAUCUAACUAGGAGAUUUCCAUUCCCCGGCAAGUGCCCAUAAGGUUCAAUGUUGUCAUCAGCCCGAAUUAACAAAACCAGCUUGCAUGACAUCCGAUUUCACGAAGUUUUUCCAGAAAUAAAUUACUGAAAAAGCUGUGAUUUCUUUCGAAUUUUGACAAAGACGGGUUUUCUUCGAGCGUGCAAUAUAAUGCUAUCGUAUUAAAAGAUCUAGGCACCCUAUUCAUGGCCCUCGCUUGAUUUUGACGAGGCUGAACGCCGCACUCAUGCCCGGAACAACGGACUCGGCAGUCGCUAGCGUUCUUAUCUACCAGAUCGCGCUAGGGGUGGCAGUAUUUGCCCUCCCCCCCCUCGCGGAGUUUCUGCACGCGCGCAGGCGUGGGUUAACUGCGAAUACAAUAACACGGUAGCUUUUGGGUGUCGCUACGUUAAGAUUUUAGAUUUCGGAAGACUAAAAAAAAUUCUUACUCUAUUUUCCGAACUUCCCGAUUUACCGAAAUAAUUCGAGCGUGGUCAUCACUUCGUUAAAGCGAGUUUCAACUGUAAUGGGGACAUGUUCGCAUAUGUGACGUUUUCUGUCAUUCCAGUGUGUUGUUACUAUGGCCUGUUGUAAUAAGGGCACGUUACCAUGACUAUAUAAAGCCAAUCGUUAUAUCGUGAAGUAUAUAUUUACAUAUAUUUUACAUAGAUUACUCGCGGCCUAAACAUCAGUGGGAUCUGUUUGCCACAGUGUCCAUUUUCUCCUUCUGUAGUCCAUUUCUUGUGACGAGUACAUGCAUUUAUACAUGUUGUGUACAUGCCUUUGUCGUUCCGUGUUCUUUAUGUGGUGGUCUUUGUACAAAAAGAAAUGUACAUGCCAACGGGCAUUAUUCUGGGGCGAUCUAUACACAAUAAAAUUGUAUUUCUUGA